UCUGGGUCUCAGUGGGGCUAUACUCAUUCAAAUAUACCGAACAUUAUUUAAUGGCAACCCAAGCUCAUUUCUCCUGAUGCUUGCUCUGUUACCCACGCUCAUUCCAUUUUUGCUGAUGUUUUUUGUUCAAAUACACCAUACAAAUGGGGGAGAUAAUCUCAGAUAUCUUAAUGUUUUUUCAUUCAUUUCUAUAGCAGUUGCUACAUAUCUUAUGAUUGUCAUAAUAGGAGAGCAUUUCAUCACAUUACAACUAUCAAUCCGCAUCUCAAUAUUCUUACUGCUGCUGCUACUUCUCAUAUCUCCAUUAUUCGUAGUAUUCAAAGCUCAAUUAACAGAAUCCAGAAGCAGAUCAGCUUAUCAUGAUGAAAUCAGAUUGAUAGAAGAUAUAAAUCCACCAGAAAAUGAGGAACAGAAGAGCAACCGAGAUCAAGGAUUUCUUCCAAGAGUUGAAAACAUGAAUCUAUUUCAAGCAAUGAGAACAUCUGAAUUCUGGCUGCUUUUUCUAGUCAUGGCCUGUGCAAUGGGUUCUGGUCUGGCAACUGUGAACAACAUCAGUCAAAUAGGAAGUUCUCUUGGCUACACAAGCACGGAAACAAGCACUUUGGUUUCUCUAUGGAGCAUAUGGAAUUUUCUCGGUCGAUUCGGCGCCGGCUAUAUCUCGGAUUACUUUCUUCACGAGAAGGGCUGUGCGAGGCCAUUUUUCAUCGCCUUAACCCUCGCUCUUAUGACCAUUGGUCAUGUCAUCAUCUCCUCUGGUUUUCCAGGCUCAUUGCAUUUGGGUUCAAUACUCAUAGGAGUCUGCUAUGGUUCUCAGUGGUCACUGAUGCCCACAAUCACUUCAGAAUUGUUUGGUAUAAGGCAUUUUGGAACUAUUUUUAACACAGUGGCCAUUGCAAGUCCAGUAGGGUCUUACUUCCUUUCUGUAAGGGUGGUUGGUUAUAUCUAUGAUAUAGAAACAUCAUCUGGAAUGGAAGUCUGCAAAGGUACACACUGUUUUAUGCUAUCUUUUCUUAUAAUGGCGUCUGUUACAACGAUCGGAUUCGCCGUUUCGACGGCGUUAUUCCUUAGGACAAGAGUGUUUUACAAACGGUUCAUAUUGAUGAGAUCUUUAUCCUGAGCUCUGAAAUGUGUUCCUCUUACAUGGUUUUAUGUUUUAAGGUAUAUGGUGUAAAUGAAUAGUCAUUUUGCUCACAUAAGCAGGGAUGAAAUUCUUGUUCCA